ACGUUUUAGCCUGUACGAGUACUAUGACGUUUUGAUUCGCGCAGCGAUAUCAAAAUUUCCUGUAAUAAUCCCUGCUAAGCUUGCAGUUUCUGCUACCCGUUAUCUGAAGCUUUAUAUAAACGUUAACGUGGAAGUGGUUAUUUGUAAAGUGUCUGGAGUCGUGGACAAAGGCGAAUCUAACAAAAACCUUGGCAUAAUUUUCCCGUCUUUUUAGACGAGGGGCUGCGGAUGAUAGAGAUCACAAAGCAAUCACAGUAACUGUUUAUAUACGAAGAUAACGCUAUUUUGCAAUUUAACAUUUGAAAAUGGACUUGCAUUUUGCGAUCGUUGAAUUUCUCCUCCCAAGGAAGUCGAUCAGCACUUUUAGUGGCGACAACAUUGAAAUGACUUCAUUAAAUUCCGCUGUUCCAACUUAUUUCGACAUGGGCACCAGGAAAACACGUAUGGAUGGUCAUUUAAAAACGCUCUCCUGGCCAGUAUGCGCAUCGUUGUCGACACCUAUGCUGGUUGGGAUAUCGUCUGUGCAGCUGGUAGUGGCCUGAUUGUAACGCAAGGCGCCGUCGGCAUAUCAACACUAGUGCAGCAUAACCCAUUCGGCCAGCAUCACGAUGACCCAGAAGAACUGGUUAUUGCCGUUACUGAUAUGCGUGAUUCCGUUCCUGCCAGUGAAAGGAGUGGAGGGUCAACGGACAGAGCAAACCGCAACGCUGAGCGCCAACGACCAGGUGUUGUGCCAGUGCGGUGGCUUUGCAUCCAAAGUAACCAAAGUAUGUGGAACCGAUCGUCGGACGUACGAUACUGUGUGUGAACUUGCCGAUGAAAUGGCUAAAAACAGUUCAUUAGGCCUGCUAUGCAGAACUCCAUGCGAGAAAUGCCCCAAGGCGUCCGCUUUAAGAUCGACGUGCCAUGCGAAGACCCAUAUGCUGACUAAUUCCCACCACAAAAUGCGUUCCGUGAGCUUGAAUCUACCCAAAUUACACAAAGCUGUGACGGAUCCCAAUCGCACCACAUUCUACUGCUUAACGGACGGGACACAAGCCAACCGGAACACUGUGUGGUGUCAUAUACAGAAGAAAAGAGAAUUAAACGUGGGAAUACGGUGCAUGGACACAUGCAACAAGUGUGAAGGCGCUGAAGGUCGGAUUGCGACGUGCCCAACACGGAUGCUGGAGCAUCUUCCUUUGUUUGACGGUGCACCUGUCAGAACUGCUAGUAGAUCCGCAGUCCAAAAACCCGAGGACAAAAUGUUAGAAGUCAGAUAAUUCCACAAUGAUAGAAACAUUAAUACCUUUCGGACAAAAUGACGGAUACGAGUACGUAUCUUCUUUGAAGGAAUUCUACCAGAUUAGCCCAUAAUUGCACAUUCAGAUCUGUUUAUUAAAUGUUUAUCAAAGUUUAUUUAAAUGUUUUUAGCGUUAUGAAAACAUGCCUUUUGAACGACGUUCCUUGUUGAAAUUCUUACAGACGUUUUUCUAAUAACAAGGAAGAUCGAUGGAGUCAUAUGACACCAUACGUACUGUACGAUCUUCCUUUUAUUAAAUGUACUGAAUAAUCCAGAGCGGGAAGUAGUAAAAAAUUUUAUGUUCGUUAUUA